AUGGUUCAAAGUUUUAAUAUUGAAGCAAUUAAAUGUUUAAAACAUGUAUUUUUAAAUAGAUCAUUAAUUAUACCACAUUUAGAAGUUAAAGAUAUUAGAAAUAUAAAUUUUCAAUCACUUUACGAUAGAGGAUUUAAAGGAGUAUUAUUUGAUAAAGAUAAUACAUUAACUGAACCUUAUAAAAAUGAAAUCUAUAAUCCCUAUAAAGAAUCACUUAAUAAAUGUUUAGAAAUUUUUGGAAAUGAUAAUGUUGUAAUUAUAUCCAAUAGUGCAGGUUCAAGUGACGAUGCUCCAAAUUUUGAAAAAGCAAAUCAAAUUGAAAAAUCAUUAGGUAUAAAAGUAUUAAAACAUAAUACAAAGAAACCAGAUGGUAUUGAUUCUGUUAAAAAUCAUUUCAAAACUGAUCCAAAAAAUUUAAUUAUGAUUGGUGAUCGUUAUUUAACUGAUAUUUUAUUUGGUAACCUUUAUGGAAUGCUUACAAUUUAUACACAUCCAAUAACUUCUGUUGGUGAUAAUUUUUUUGUAAAAUUGAUAAGAAAUAAAGAAAGACAAAUUGUUUUAUGUUUAAAAAAUUAUUUUAAAAUUGAUGCUCCAAAAAAUCUAUUAUGUUCUAGUGAAUUUGAAAAAAUUAAUAAUGAUGAUCAAAAGAAUAAAUAA